AUGAGCAAACAUCUAGAGGGUGAAAUUCUCUCACCCUCAACAAGAACAUUUUCAUCAUCACGUGAUGAUGAACUUGAAACUUUUCAUCAACUGCAGCAACGAAUUCUUCAUCAUCAUCAUGAGGGGAAGAAUAUUUCAUCAUCAUCGGCACCUUCGGAUCAUGAAAUUAAAAUCAAAUUGAAUACACGAGAUGGAGGAAAUGAGGAUGAUGCAGAUGAUGCACAAAUUAAAUACUUGAUACCUCCUAAUGAAUUAAACAUGCAAGGAUCCGAAUUAUUUAUGAAGGCUUCACCCAUGUUGGAGGCAAUUAGAAUGAAGUUUAGACAAGGAAGGGCUGGGGGAAGAAAAAGAUAUUGUCUCAUGCCCUAUGAUUUGGAUUUGACAAUGAUUACAUCACGAAUUAUUGCAACUUCACUUCCCACUUUGAAUUGGUUUGUUGGAUAUUUUAGAAAUGAUGCUAGUGUUUUGGCAAAGUUUUUGGAGGAAAUGUAUGGAAAGGAUCAUUAUAUGAUUUAUAACUUGUCAGAAUUCCGAUAUGAGAAACAAGUUUUUGAUGGAAAGGUUGUUGAUUUGAAUUUUCCUGAUCACUAUAAUCCACCAUUGGACUUGUUAAUGAUGGGUUGCAAGAGUAUUCAAGAUUGGCUUGCAAGAGAUGAGAAAAAUGUUGCAUUAAUUCAUUGUGCUGGUGGAAAGGGAAGAACAGGAACAUUUAUUACUGCCUACUUUUUAUAUUGUUCACUUUUCCGUGAUGCAAUGGAUGCACUCAUGUAUUUUGCUCUGAUGAGAAUGGAAAAACCUGUCAACCCAUUCUCAGUUUGUCAGAAUGGUGGUAUUAAUUCUCCAUCUCAAAUCAGAUACAUUACCUACAUUCAACAUUUGCUGGAAAAUAAGUUUGGAUCCAAAUCUCAACGACACACUACCACUAACCCUCAAUCUUACUUGUACAAUAAUACGAUAUUCGAGAAGGAUAACCUAUUCUUGAAAAAUCAUUGUAACAUUCCUGUAAAACAAUGUGUUAAAUUGGAAAAAAUUGUAAUAAGAGAAGCUAGUCAACAAAUUGUUGACCAUGUAAAAGCCAAUACAUUCUUGUGUGAAAUUUGUGAAUUGAGAAUACACAAGUUUGAAGAGACUCAUAGCCCAAUUAGAAAUACUCUAGAUAUUGAAGAUUAUGAAGUUAGAAAGGAGAUUUUACUAACUUUUGGUAAUGAAUUUUGUGAAAUUAAUGGUAAUUUAUUGAAAUUCAAUUUACCGAAAUCGGUAGCACUCUCUGGUGAUGUCAUUAUCAUUAUGAGAAUGAAGAAUCAUAUCAAAAUGAAAGAGUUUGCUAGAAUUGGUUUCCACACUGCAUUCCUCAUUAAUAAUAGACUCUCCCUUACCAAGCCUGAAAUUGAUGGUGUUCACAGAAGAGAGACAGUUGGCUCAGAUUUUGGAAUGGAUUUUUACUUUGAACAUUCCAAUAAUGAAACAAUUCAAUCCACUACCACUGAAUACUCUCUCAAUAAUCUCUACCAGUUACCAGAGCAACCUGCCACGCUCAGUCCUCAUCACGUAUUUUUAUACGAUACUGACUUCCACUUCCCUUAUCAUUCCUAUCUCAAAACUCAGAGUGUUGAGAAAAUAGAAACAACAACUAUGGAAACUCUCUCCCCAUCAGUCAUCCACUCUCAACAAGUUGUUCACAUCAGACCAAUGAAAUUCAAAGUCAAAUUGGCACCAACCUUACACGAAAUGGAUCAUGCCAAAGAUCUUUUUUUAAGUGGUCUUUGA